AUGCCAGCGCCACCCAAGGCGGUAAUUAAUACAAAAGAAGCCGAUAUGUUGAUUAAAUAUCUCGAAAAAAAUCCUAAUUUGGAAUUAGAUUUUUCCGAUAAGCAUGGAUAUAUGAAACCUCUUCCAUUUGCUGAAACUCCUUCUUUAAUUUCGGGUUGGGAUUUAACUGAGGAGUUAGAUAUCAAGCCUGAAAUUUUUGGACCUGGAGGUUUAAUAUUUUCGGCUUUUCCGGUUAAUAAUUCGACUUAUAGAAUACUGUCUGGAACAAGUAUGUCUUCGCCAUAUAUAGCAGGCGUAGCGGCAUUGUAUACUGAAGUAUUUGGAGAAUUUAGAAAGCAAAAUCAACAACAGUUUUCCGAACAACUAAAAACUGCAUUAAUGAAUUAUGCUAUUCCUCGUGAGGAACGUAAUAAAUUAUUGGCUUCGGUACUUCUUCAAGGUGCAGGUCUCGUCGAUGCUUAUAAUAUAUUGACAGCAACCAGUUUUGCCCAUCCGUCAAAAAUUAAUUUGAAUGACACGGUUCAUUUUUAUGGAAAUCGCAAAUUAACUAUUUAUAAUGUUGACAGAAAAGAGAUGAAAUAUAAAUUAUCACAUUUAACAGCUCCGAGUGUCAAUGGAUAUAAUAAAACCUUCAAAAGAAAUUAUUAUCAGUUUGAGUGUUAUACACGACAGUAUGCUAGUGUUGAAUUUGAUAAUGAUCAGAUUACUGUACCACCUGAGAUAAUUCUUUUAGAUGAGAACAAGCCUAAAUUAACCGUUCCCUAUGCUGGGUUAGCCGAUGAUGCAAGAUCGCUUCCAUUAUUUCAGACAUCUAAAUUUCCUGCACUUUACGAUUCGAAGAAAUAUAUACAAAAGAAGGAUCCAAUUAAAACAUUUACCUUAAACUCCUUAACAUUACAAGAUCAAUGGGAAAUGGUAAAAAAUAUUUUCCUUUUUCAAAAAUACAAAUUAGGAGAACCAAGAAUAAUUUCAUGGGAUGGACUUAUUCAUUCCGAACCCGUUUCCAACGGAAAAUAUUUUAUUAGGGUUAGAGCAUUGAAAAUGUUUGGUGAUAUUAACAACGAGAAAGAUUAUGAAGUUUGGGUUAGCCCUAAAUUUAGAAUUGAGAGACAUUUAUAA